GGGAUAUCCCAAACAUCUUGAAAUCCAAUUUCCUUCCAGAACAAUAUCUGUAGUCAACUCCCAGGUACCAGUCAACACAAUCAUUUGGUACGGAACGGGAAAUCUUCCCUGCUCCAAACGACAAUCCACUAGGAAUUCUAGGAGCAAAUCAUCUAGACAUCCAUCUAGACUCCACAACAGGGUAAUCUCAUCCCAUGUCGAAAAGGGCUCAAAUCAUGGUCAGAAUCCUCCCAAGCUUCAAUCAGCUACAAUCAGCCACUUGAAGGCCCGUCCUCAUCCUAGAUAGCUGAUUCAAUGUGCCAUUUCAACGUUGGCUACUCAUUAAAAUUGACAGCUUUUUAUGAAUAUUUUCUAUUUUCCUACUUACUGUAUGGUCACUGUGAACCCCACUCGCUUGGCCUCGCCUUGUCCAGAGCCAACCCCUUCCCCUUGUCCUCUCUCCAAAUCUCCAAAUCUCUAAAUUAAACGUCCCAUCUACCUCAAACAAUUACAAUAUCCCGAAGUACCCCAUCUCUUCUUGCCUGCUCUAACUUACAGGGCUGAGAGAGAUGUGCGAUGCAGCUAACAGAUAAGUCAUGCAGCAUUUUCCUUGAACAUUCUUCUUGUUGUUUUCUCCUCUUCGCUGUCACAUCUUUGAUCUCUUCUCGAUUUCUCUCUCUGGUAAAGAGCAUUCCACUCUUUUUACUUCUCUGCUUCUCCGCGAUUUGUCCUCGCACUUCAAGGGUCUCCUGGUGUAGCCUGUCCACUUCUUUGAGGAAUAUAUUCAAUCAAUAUACUCGUUUCACCAUUUACAUCAGUCACAUCACAUUUCAUCAUCGUCAACAAAGAUACUCGAGUGGACCCAUUGUAUCGGUUCAAAAAGGCACGAAAGUUCAGGCUCAGAUCCAGGGUAUAAGCUAUGUCGAAAAAUAUAACUAGGUCGAAGUCGGUGAUGGCCCGGUUUAGAGGUCGAGAUGCAACAGCCUCUAGUGCUUCACUUCACGUUACAGAUGAUGCACAGGCCAGGGAUACCGGUAGCAAUCUAUUCCAAAAAUUCGACCUUGGUCGUGAAGACCGGCAUAAACUUCCACAGAGACCAUCGACUUCAGGUGGAACAAAAAAGUCGACAGGAAAUAUCCCCAAGAGGGCUCAUACUGUCAAGAGAGAAACACGGGACGAUCUAUUUUUCAACCCUCUGACAGCACAUGGGAUAGACGGACCUACGUUUUAUAACUUUCCCUUACCUUCUACCCGACCCCCACCUUCACCAGCUGUACCAGCUAUGCCCCAAAUGGUUGAUCCUUUACCACGACCCUACAGUCCUGAUUCUAUCAAGACAAGUAGGACUGUUAAACCUAACGUUAGUGAACUUGAGAUUGGCAUGGCACUCGGAAGUCCUUCACAUCCACCAGAAAACUGGCAACAAGGUCAACAAUCUCUUGGGAUGGAACCAGUCCGUAGUCUGGAUCCAAUGGACGACAUGUCUCAUUAUGCCGAUUCUGUUGUUGCCCCGAAGCAAAAGAAAGGUCGGAAGUGGUUUGGGUUAUUUGGAAGUAAGAAGGAAAAGACACCUACAGCAUUCUAUCAACUCAAAUCAGAAUCACAACAAGAAAUCCCAACGAGCGAUCCUUCCUCGCCAGAGACGAAACGUACUGGUAGAUCUCGUGGCCGUUCAACUUCUAGUAAAACUGGUAAGAAACCUGAUAUUAAAAGAUCGCAAACGGCACCAACAACACCGGGUUUGCAGCCGUCAUUCCAAUCUUCAACGUCAACAAGUAUUCGAGCAGGAACUCCAGAUAUUCGUGUUCAAGGUCCUAUUGGGGUUGAAGUUCUACGAUCAUACCCUAAAGUACCACCCGAAGGACCAAAACUUGAUCUUGCACUUCCUUCGGUGCAGAUGGAGAGGUAUAGUGUUAUGUUUGGGGAUAUCUUACAGAAACCUUCCACUACCACUUCCUCAUUACUUCAAAGACGCCAAGCAACGCUUGAUAGGCUUAAGAGUGUUGAAGAAGCACUCGCUACUAAGGAGGCAGAACUUGAGGCUCGUACAAGAGCACUCACAAAACGUAGGGCUACCUCACCACAACCAAAUCACAACAGCCCAUCAUUCUCUCUCUUUCCAAGCACACCCUCAAGACAAGGCAAUCGUGAAAGUUCACCAACAAGAGAAAAGGCGUCGCUACAUAGAUCCAACACCUCACCCGCCGCCAUAUCUCCUUCUAGACCUUCAUUUGCCCCAGGGUUAGAUAAUGAUCUCCACGCCAAUCUUUUAUUCAGUGAUAAAAACUCCACCGAUCAGCGUGGACAUGAACAUACAGAUUCUUCAUCAAGUACAUCUACUCAGAAACCACUUAAACAAUCAACAAGAUCAUCAUCGAAAUCUCCAAAAUCCAGACCCCAAAUCCAAUCAGCACGUACUUGGUCACCAGACGAAUCUCAACUUUUAUCUCCAUCAUCCGCCGAAGAUUCAGAAGCCGACGCGCAUUCCAUGAAUGGCCAAGAAAGAGAAGAUUUAUAUACCACACCGCAACUAACAGCGACUAAAUCCAGGUUUGAAGAAAAAGAAUCGACAUGGCAGAUGAUAAAUUCCAAGAAACAAAAUCACGGAGCCCCAUCUUCGGUAUCGGGAUCGACGACUAGUGAAGCUAGCACGGUAUCAUCAUCACAUUCUACUUCAUCAUUCUCGAGUGUACCGGGUGGGUUCAACACAAACACAAUACCGAUAAUGCUCGAGCAAGAUAAAGUGAGAGAAAGAGGUUCGAGGAAAGCAUCACCAACAAAUCUUCCAUCUCCUCAAAAGGGCAAAGAGAUGAAAAUCCCCAUCAACUCGACUCCUGGACCACGACCAAUCAUUUCAUCUUUCAAUACCGCCACUCGAUCAUCGGGAAAUGCACCUCGUCCUAUCCUCAAAUCUCCCAUAUCUGAAGAUUAUGGUCUCAGACCUCGACCUCGACCUUCAAUACAACAAUCAUCCUCAAGCACAUCCCUCAUUUCCCCUCGUCCCUCACUCCAAAAAUCCCCCAUGUCAUCAACCAUCACCAACCCCAACUCAACAUUCUCGCCACGCAAAAUCCCCCUCCCCGCCUCUCCCCACCCCCCACGCACCACAUCCACCACACCCACCACCGCGGCCCUCCCCUCGCCCUCCCCCCACCAAAAACAAGAAUCCACCUCCUCCAUCACCCCCUCCCUCCUCUCCCUGCAAUUCGACGACGCGGAAUCCCUCUCCGUCCCCCACUCCCGCACGCGCGACCCAGAGCAAAAACGUCUCGAAUCCGCCGCCGGCGUCUCCAUCGCCCGUCAAAUCUCCGUCUCCAGACAACAGCGCCAGCUGCUCAUCCCGAUCAAAACCAGCGGCACGCUAUCGAGACGCAAUCGCGAGCGAUCUCCCGGCCCGGGCUCGGGGGCUCCAAGCCCCGUUUUUGCGAACGCCAAAAAAAUCGUCUCCGGGGAGGAUGUGACGGCAAAGAAAGGAUCGCCGCUGGAAAGCGUGGCAGAGUUGAGUUUUCGCGGGGGCGUGAUGGCCUCAAACGGGAGUUCCGCCCCCGCAAAUGGGAAGCCGAUACCGAUCGCGAUGGGAAUCCAUGGAGAUGUCAAAGUGAAAGAGAUUUCGAAACCGUCAACGCCGACACUCGUCAUCGUACCCGGCGUUGAAGAGCAGUGGGGUGCUGGAAGCGCGAGCGCAAGCGCGAGUUCGGGCGGCCUGAUGAGCAGUAAAGAGAGAGUGGAAGCGAUGAUGAAGGGGAGUCGUGGGAGUCCGCUUUUGGGACGGGAGGGUUGGGAGGAGCAGGGCGGGAAAUCGUUGAGUGUUUCGCCGAGGACGGAGAUGGGGAGUGGGCAUCAGAAUAGGAGGAGUGAGAGGGUGGUGGUUUUGGAAGCUUGAGUUUAGGGUUGGAGUUUGGUUUGGGCUUGGUUUGAGGAGAAGAAAGGUUGGGGGAAGGAGGAGGAGGUAUUAUAUUAUUCAUUUAUUAAUAUGUUUUACGGUUUAUUUUUUCAUCUUUAUUUUUAUUUUUACAUGGUUAGGUCCAUCCAUUUCUCGUUUCUCAUUCUCUUUUAUCUUUUAUCUUUUGUUCCUGGGAAUCCAAGAUUCAAGAUUCAAGAUUCAAAAGAAGAAAGAGGACGGGGAAGGGAAUGAGGAUGGGGAUGCGGAGUCAGGUAGGGAAAGAUAGGAAACGGAAAGGAAACGGAAAGGAAAGGAAAGGACAGGAAUCAAAGAAAUCAAAGGAAGAAUAUCUUCAAGGGGGCUCGCUCACUCACUCGUCAGUAUUAACGAAACGAACAAACGCAUUGUUUCAUAUUUAUAUUAGUGAAACGGAAAGGAACGGAAAGGGCAGGAAAGGAAAGGAAAGGAAAGGAGAAUAAGUAAAUAGAUAGGUAGAUAAAGAUCAAAUAUAUCAAAAAUUCA